AUGUCUUUAGCCACCGCCUCCACUUCCAAGUCCGCCGCCCCCAAGUCUUUCGUGCUGCCCGACCUGCACGCCAUGACGCCCUUCGUCGGAUCCUUCAACCCACACCACGACGCGGUCUCCGUCGAGUCCUCACAGUGGAUCAACAGCUACCGGGUUCUCUCCGACCGCAAGCGUGCCUUCUUCCUCCAGGGCGGGUCCGAGUUGCUCUGCUCGCACGCGUACCCGUACGCGUCAUACGAGCGCGUCCGGACAUGCUGCGACUUCGUCAACCUUCUCUUCACCGUCGACGAGAUCUCGGACGACCAGGACCGCAAGGGCGCGUACGAGACCGGCCUCACGUUCUACAACUCGAUGCGCGACCUCGAGUACGACGACGGCACGACGCUCUGCAAGAUGACCAAGGAAUUCACCCGCCGGUUGCUCAAACACUGCGGCCCGCGCACGUACCGCCGCUUCAUCAAGCACUGCAAGGACUACAUCGAGGCCGUCGCGCAGGAGGCCGACCUCCGCCAGCACAACACCGUCCUGCCCUUGGACGAGUACACGACGCUCCGGCGCGAGAACAGCGCGGUGCGGUUCUGCUUCGGGCUCGCCGGCUACGCGCUCGGGGUCGACCUGCCCGACGAGGUCGUCGAGCACCCCGCGUUCCUGGCCAUGCACCUCGCCACCGUCGACAUGGUCUGCUGGUCGAACGACCUCUACUCGUACAACAUGGAGCAGGCGAUGGGCCACACCACGAACAACGUCAUGACCGUGCUCAUGACGCACCAGUCGCUCGACCUCCAGGGCGCGGCCGACGCCGUCGGGAAGCACUACGCCUCGCUCAUGGACGUCUGGCAGACCUCGAAGGCCGCGCUGCCCUCGUUCGGGCCCGAGGUCGACGCCGAGGUCGCCCAGUACGCGAUGGCGAUGGAGAACUGGGUGAUCGGGAACCUCAACUGGUCGUUCGAGACCCAGCGGUACUUUGGCCGCGCCCGGCACGAGGUCAAGCGCACGCGCGUCGUCGAGCUCUACCCGCGCCGCGUCCCCGAGCCCGAGUCCGAGUCCGAGUCUGAGGACUCUGACGCGGAGGAGGAGACGCAAACAAACGCGUAG